CAAGCUAGCUUAAACAGCGGAACUUGUUAGCUAACGGUUAAAGAUUUUUUCAAGAUAGUUAGUGUAACUUUAGCUUUAAUUUAACCGAAGCAGUAACACGAAAUUAUUACCUUUUACUACAGUCGUUGCUCUUUCUCAGACAAGUAAAAUGAUAAAGUUAAACUGUGUUAAUCUUGACAGGUUUAUGUCGGACUUUACUCAACUAGAACAGAAAAUUACAGGGCUUACUGGCAAAAACAGCAUGUUGGAGAUCAUGCUGGAGGAUGCUAAUAGACUCCUGAAAUUCUCCCAGACCAAGGAGAAAAGUCUGAUUGAGGAGAGAGACAGUCUUCUCGUCUCAGUGAACAGACUGCAGCAGACUCUGCAGGAGCAGUGCAACCUCAGAGUGGAGAAUGAGAGACUGAAGAACGACAUGGCGGACCUGAAACAACAGAAUGAAAGAACAGCAGAGGAUGGAGCGGCUGAGCUUCAGCAGCUCAUCAGUGAGAUGGCAGCAGAAAGAGAGAGACACAAGAGGGAGCUAGAGACUGUCAGGCAGCAGUGCAGGAGAGAGGUGGAGGAUGUCCACAGGAAGGGUUUCAUUCAGUUGGAAGCUAAAGAUGCUGAAGUAAAGAACCUGUUGGAGAAAAAAGAUCUGGAUCUGGAGGAGCUGAAGAAGAAGCUGAAGGACCAGGAGAGGGAGAGGCAGAGUGAGCUCCUCAAGCUACAGAUGGAGUUUGGUGCAAAGUUAGCCAGAGUUCAGAGCACAGCAGCUCAGUGGAGUCAACAGCAGCAGCAGCAGCAACAACAUGGCUCCAACCUUCCACAGAGUGUCUUCAAGAGGAAGCUGCAGUUCUUCCAGGAGGAAAAGAACAAGGAGAUUGUGGCUCUGCGUCAGAGAAUCAAAGAGCUGGAAGAGAACCAGCGCGCCAGUGGCUUGAGUGACAGCCGUCUGAAGAGGAGAAAGAUGUAGUUUGGUCAGAG